AUGGCCCGCGUGGUGGUUGAAGGGAUGCCGGAGACGGCGGCCGCCGGAGGAGGAGUGAUGCUGCUGAACCGACGGAGGAGCAAAGCUAAGCGGAGAAAGCGAAAGGAGUUGUUCGCCAUCCAGAUGUGCUUCGCGGGGGUACUGCUGGGGCUCGUCGUGGGGCUCAAGUCGGCAGCUCAGAAAGCAGGAUAUCAUGUUCCCAGCUCCGUGGUCAAGGAGGAGGCGAGGUGGGAGAGUCGUCACCUUCUGCAAGAAGUCUACGACAAUGAGUCAAAGCUCUACGUCGAGCCGGAGAAAAACUGCACAGAACCAGCAAUCCAUGAGUUCCCCAGGGAUUACUUCACCAACCAGGAGCGUAUUGAUGGCGCAGUGGGCCUGCACGUCCUCUGUGCGGUCUACAUGUUCUAUGCCCUGGCCUUAGUGUGUGACGACUACUUUGUCCCCUCUCUAGAGAAGAUCUGUGAGCGUCUUCAACUGAGUGAGGAUGUUGCAGGAGCAACCUUUAUGGCAGCAGGCAGUUCAGCUCCUGAACUGUUCACCUCUGUCAUUGGAGUUUUCAUCACCAAAGGGGACGUCGGGGUCGGAACCAUCGUGGGCUCAGCCGUCUUCAACAUCCUCUGCAUUAUCGGAGUGUGUGGGAUAUUUGCAGUACAGGCAAUACGUCUGUCCUGCUGGCCGCUGCUCAGAGACUCUGUGUACUACACCAUUUCCAUCACUGCUCUUAUAGUGUUCAUAUAUGAUGAAAAAGUGGUCUGGUGGGAAGCUCUCACACUGAUUCUGAUGUAUUUCGUCUACAUUUUGAUCAUGAAGAUGAACUCUCAUGUCGUUCGCUUUCUGGAGAGGCGGAAGAAGAACUCGUCCAGUUUGAGGAACGGAGCGGCCAACAAUGCCGAGCUAGAUGAUGGCUGUGAUGCUACCUCUGUUCUACUGAAGAAAGCGAACCACCACAGGAAGCCGUCAGUGUUGAUGGUGGACGAACUGUUGUCGGCGUACCCCCACCAGCUGUCCUUCUCUGAGGCCGGCAUGAGGAUCAUGAUCACCAGCCACUUCUCCCCACGAACCCGCCUCACCAUGGCUUCACGAAUGCUCAUCACUGAGAGGCAGCGUCUGAUCAACACACGGACCCUAACCAACGGUGACUCCGAUGUUCAAGUGAAAGGUGGGAGUAGGCGGGGCAUAGAAAAUGGGCUGUCUGGUGCAGAGAGGGGUGUCAGUGUUCGCCGCGAUGACAGAGAGGUGGGAAAUGAGACGGAGAACGAGGACAAUGAGAACAACGAGAAUGAUGAAGAGGAAGAAGAGGAAGAUGGAGAGGGACCCUUUGUACCCUUCCAGUGCCCAGCGGGUGUGCUGAACAAGCUGAAGUGGCUGCUGGCCUGGCCUCUGUGCCUGUUGCUGUACUUCACCGUCCCCAACUGCUCCACGCCACGCUGGGACAACUACUUCAUGCUGUCCUUCGUCAGCUCCACCCUGUGGAUCGCCGGCUUCUCCUACAUCAUGGUCUGGAUGGUAACAGUGAUAGGCUUCACACUCGGUAUCCCAGAUGUCAUCAUGGGCAUCACCUUCCUGGCAGCCGGCACCAGUGUCCCUGAUUGCAUGGCCAGCCUCAUAGUGGCGCGACAAGGAAUGGGGGACAUGGCGGUGUCCAACUCCAUCGGCAGUAACGUGUUUGACAUCCUGGUGGGGCUCGGUCUCCCUUGGGCCCUGAAGACUCUGGCUAUCAACUACGGCUCUGACAUCAAACUCAACAGCAAAGGUUUGAUCUUCUCUGUGGUGCUCCUGCUGGCAUCCGUGUUCCUGACGGUCCUGGGAGUUCACCUAAACAAGUGGACACUGGACAAGCGCUUAGGUUUCACAUGUCUCCUCCUCUACUCCGUCUUCUUGUGUUUCUCCUGCCUCAUCGAGUACAAUAUCUUCACCUUUGUCAACCUGCCGACCUGCCGGGAUGACUGAAACACACACAAAAACACGUGCACACACACAGAUAAACAUGCAUACACACACACACACGAACACACACUAGAAACGGUGUUGCAGGGAAUUCCUAUUGAAGUGUUAGAGUAGAUAGAUGGAGGUUUCCGACAACAGAAUGCAGAAAGUAUCAUUCUAAAUCCAAACAACAGCAAGAAUUAUCUGCGAAUACCAUCUGAUUCACGCUCUGUUUCCUGCUUUGAUUCUCUUUUGUGAGAAGAUUCUGCUCUGAUUCUGAUGCCUGUCUCUGCUCCGUGCAAUAUGGAGCUGAUGUUUGCUCACGACAGGAGCACGGGAUUGAUUUCAGGAGCAGAGAUGGUAAUGACUGACUCGUUCCAAGCACAGGACAGCACUGAGGACAGCACAGGACUUCUGCUUACUUCUGAUGUGAUUUAUUUUUGAAAUUCCCCGUAUUUAGGUGUGAAAGUGGUAGUGUUUACUAGCUGCUAACCUUUCCAGA